AUGCGAGGCGACCAGGACGGCGACCAAGGCGGCCGCCGGCGAGCGGGCAGCGGCCGAGGCGGGGCGGCCGGAGCAAAGCGCGGCCGCCGGCGGGACGGAGCAGCGGCCAGGGCAGCGACCAUGCGAGGCGGCGGGACGGCGGCGAGGCGGCGGCAAAGGCGGCAACCAAGGCGGCCGCCGGCGAGACGGAGCAGCCGGCUAGGGCGGCGGCCAAGAGCUGCGGCCAAGGCGGCCACCGGCGGAUGGAGCAGCGGCCGAGACGAGGGCAGCCGGAGCCAUAGCGCGGCCGCCAGCGGAUGGAAGCAGCGGCAGAGCAGCGGCGAGCGGCGGCCAAGAAGCGACCGCCAGCGGACGGAGCGAAAAAUGGGUUGUGAAUCCCUUUAA